GAAUGACAAGGCCCGGAUCCAUAAGAAAAACCCUAGCUGCAUAGCUUCGUUCUAGUCACGCCGUUUAAAUUUGAGGUAAAGCUUUGAUAGGAGUGUGCUGUUCCAAGUCCCAUAGCAGCGAUGGGAAUCGAUCUUAAGGCUGGGGGUAAGAGCAAAAAGACCAAAAGAACAGCACCAAAAUCCAAUGACAUCUACCUCAAAUUACUUGUCAAGCUUUAUCGGUUCCUUGUUCGAAGGACUGGCAGCAAUUUCAAUGCUGUUAUACUCAAGCGCUUGUUCAUGAGCAAGGUUAACAAGCCUCCAAUUUCUUUGUCAAGGUUAAUUAAGUAUACAAAGGGGAAGGAGGAUAAAAUUGCUGUAAUAGUGGGGACUGUAACUGAUGAUAUCAGAGUAUAUGAAGUUCCAGCAUUGAAAAUUACAGCACUCAAGUUUACUGAGAGAGCACGUGCAAGAAUAGAAAAGGCUGGUGGUGAAUGCUUGACAUUUGAUGAGCUUGCCCUUAGGGCUCCUUUGGGACAGAAUACGGUCCUUCUUAGAGGCCCCAAGAAUGCUCGGGAAGCUGUGAAACACUUUGGUCCUGCUCCUGGUGUGCCACACAGCCAUACCAAGCCCUAUGUACGAGCAAAGGGAAGAAAGUUCGAGAGGGCUAGAGGAAGGAGGAACAGCAGAGGAUUUAGAGUUUAAGAAAUAUAAUAUAACUUUGUUCUAUUUUUUUUUUUUACAAUUGUUCACUUCUGAAAUUAAACUUUUUGCUCUAGGCGUCGGUGACAGUUUUUAUGAUAUUUCUGUUCUGAUAACAUAUCGUGGCUCCCAUGUUUUACAUUGACGUGUAUUACAAAAAACUAGCAUUUGAUUUUUUGAUUCCCCUUAUUGACUAUUGAGUGGCCACUCUUUAUAAUGUUGCA